AUGACACCAACCAAUGACCCCGGCGGCGGCGAGCUGGGCGCCGGUGUGGGCACCGAGCUGACCAACAAGGGCACCAUUCGCCAAAAGCGAUGGACCACCAGAGGCAGGACAGGAUGCCUCACUUGUCGCGCUCGCCACAUCAAGUGCGACGAGACAAAGCCUGCCUGUCGCCGCUGCGCUACAGGUCGACGCGAGUGUCGCGGUUACGACUUUGGCUGUGACCCAGACAUGCUCACCGUUGUCGCUGCGCGUCAAUCGAAAGAAGAGACCAGGACAGACGCCCAUUGUGUCCGCCGGGGUCUCGUCCAAGAGGCCGUCGCCGUCGCCCGGCGCCGAUACAUUGACGAGCCAGAGCCCCCAGACUGGGAAUGCAUGGAAGCGGCCCGAUACUACCUUGUUUUUGUCCUGCCGUGCUGCGAUGAGCAAUUCAUGGCCCCCUUCACCGGCUUACCGCCAUGCCACGGCCCCAAUCGCCCGAUUUUCCUCCUCGACGUCAGCUGCCACCGAAUCGCCGACGCGUCCCGGGCCCGCGGCAGGCUGCUCCGCGCCCGCGAGGAUGCCUCUGUCGACGGGGCCUGGGCUGCCCACUCGCGCCACAUGAUCGACAUACUCUCUACCGUCAACAGAGGCAUAUCAGACAACAAGAGCCUCGUGUCCCGCAGCAAAAAGGAGGCACUCCGACGGAUAUUGACGUUGCUGUACUUUGAUAUGAUUGUGGAUGCGUCCACGUGGCGUCCGCAUCUUGUUGGCUAUCUCGCCUUGGCGCAGCACAUGGGCGGCGUGCGAGCACUCAUGCGAGAAAAUGAUGCCUACAUCAACAGCACGCAGUGGUCGAUAUUGGUCAUCGCCAUUGCCGCCAACACGACUAGUCCGGCGAGCAAACAGCUCUGCGGCUUCGAGGCAUACACGGACGAGGAUGUCCUGCUUCUCUCUGCCCUCGAUACGAGUCCGGACCUCGCGUGCCCGCCGCCGCUACUCGUCAUCGUCAAGAACCUGACACAGCUCCGCGGCCGCAUCGCCGACGGCAGAUGCUCCAAAAUCAGCCUCAACACGGAGCUGCGAGACUUGUUUGACCGAAUCGGCGCUUUCGACUAUAAUGCGUGGGCCAAACAGGUAGACUCUAAGCCGGAAGCCGUCAUUUCCACGCUAUCCCACAUCUUUCAAGUCGCGGUGCGUCUGUUUGGCGUCCUCUCGCUGCCCCAAUCGGCCACAGUCUCGUGGGCCGUUGCGGCCGGCUACCAGCGCUUGCCGGGCAUGUCCAUGUACGACAGCGUGCGCAUCGCGCACCGGUGCGAGCUGCUCAACAUGCUGUACCGGUUUUGGGGGAGGUUCAAGACGGCGCUCGCUCUCGCGUGGCCGGUGACGGUCGCGGGCGUCUCGCUCGGCGGAGACGGCAGCGCCGAGGAUCGCGCAUUCGUCGCAGAGGCUCUGCUGGAUAUGUGGAUGAGCCGGCUUUCACGAUGCGGGCCAAUCCUGUGUCUGCAGAAGCUGCGGGUCUUCUGGGACGACUCGAGCAAAACAGAAUGGGACGACUGUUUUAAUGAGCCGGUGCCGCCGCUUGCGUAG